AUGUCCGAGGACUUGGACUCGAUCAGCGAGGAAGAACGUAGCUUGUUCCGACCCUUCACCCGAGAGUCAUUGGCCGCUAUCGAGGCCCGCAUAGCUGAGGAGCAUGCCAAGCAAAAGGAACUCGAGAAAAAACGAGCGGAAGGCGAGACCGAUUUGGGGCGGACGAAAAAGAAAAAAGAAGUGCGUUACGACGACGAGGACGAAGAUGAGGGUCCUCAACCGGACGCGACCCUGGAGCAGGGUCUACCGCUACCCGUGCGAAUGCAGGGCACCUUUCCUCUCGAGCUCGCCUCCACACCCCUCGAGGACAUCGAUCCUUUCUAUCAUAAUCAAACAACAUUCGUAGUUAUAAGCAAGGGUAAAGAUAUCUUCAGAUUUUCGGCGACAAAUGCUUUGUGGAUAUUGGAUCCGUUCAAUCCCAUACGAAGAGUGGCAAUAUACAUAUUAGUGCAUCCUUUGUUCUCUCUGUUCAUUAUUACUACAAUCCUCGUGAACUGUAUACUUAUGAUAAUGCCUACCACACCGACGGUCGAAAGCACUGAAGUUAUCUUUACCGGCAUCUACACCUUUGAAUCGGCGGUGAAAGUAAUGGCCAGGGGUUUCAUACUACAGCCAUUCACAUACCUUAGAGAUGCAUGGAAUUGGCUUGACUUCGUAGUUAUAGCUUUAGCUUAUGUGACGAUGGGCAUAGAUCUCGGCAACUUGGCCGCUCUCAGAACCUUCAGAGUUCUCCGAGCUUUGAAGACUGUGGCCAUCGUACCGGGCUUGAAGACUAUUGUGGGUGCCGUGAUAGAGUCAGUGAAAAAUCUUCGAGAUGUGAUCAUUUUGACGAUGUUUUCACUGUCUGUGUUCGCACUGAUGGGCCUGCAGAUCUACAUGGGGGUACUCACUCAGAAAUGCAUUAAAGUGUUUCCUGAGGAUGGCAGCUGGGGUAACCUUACUGACGAGAACUGGGAAAGAUUUUGUCAAAAUGAAACAAACUGGUACGGUGAAGAUGGAGACUAUCCUUUAUGCGGGAAUUCGUCAGGCGCUGGCCAAUGUGAACCCGGUUACAUAUGUCUACAAGGUUACGGUCCGAACCCUAACUACGGCUACACGAGUUUUGACACCUUCGGUUGGGCUUUUCUCUCAGCUUUUCGACUUAUGACCCAGGACUAUUGGGAAAAUCUGUAUCAAUUGGUACUAAGAUCAGCCGGUUCAUGGCAUGUCUUAUUCUUCGUUGUGAUCAUCUUCUUGGGCUCUUUCUAUCUAGUCAACUUGAUUUUGGCCAUUGUCGCCAUGUCAUACGACGAGUUACAGAAGAAAGCCGAAGAAGAGGAACAAGCUGAAGAAGAAGCUCUAAGGGAAGCAGAACAAAAAGCAGCAGCGAGAGCAGACAAGCAGGAAGCUAGGGAGGCACACGCAAGAGAACAGGCAGCGGCAGCGGAGGCGGCUGCGUACGCGGAAGCGCACCCAGCCAAGUCACCGAGCGACUCCUCGUGCCAGAGCUACGAACUCUUCGUGAACCAGGAGCGCGGCAACCAGGACGACAAUACCCGCGAGCGCAUGUCCCUCCGUAGCGACCCCUUCCAGGACUCGGUGAGCACUCAGCCCACGCACAAGCCCGAAUCGCACCAUGAACCAGCGCGUCGACGGAAGGUCAGCAUGGCUUCACUGUCGCUACCUGGAUCUCCGUUUAAUUUACGUCGAGGAUCUCGAGGCUCUCAUCAAAUGGCACUCAGACCAAAUGGAAGGAACCGGUAUCCACCAGGAGCUGAUAGGAAGCCACUAGUUCUCUCCACGUACUUGGAUGCUCAAGAACAUUUACCAUACGCUGAUGACUCCAACGCAGUUACCCCAAUGUCGGAAGAAAAUGGUGCUAUCAUCAUACCUGUGUAUUAUGCGAAUUUAGGUUCGAGACAUUCCUCUUAUACGUCGCAUCAAUCACGAUUAUCGUACACUUCUCAUGGGGAUUUGUUGGGCGGAAAGCCACAAACUAAGGAAGCGCGGCUGAGAGGUCGGUCGGCAUCGAGAAACCACAGUGUGACGUCACAACCACACGCCUACCCACUGCCAAGACAAGAUUCAUCGCUCGCAUCUAGGCCUCUAAGAGAAUAUGAAAUAAGCACAACAGAAUGCACAGACGAAGCUGGCAAAGUACUGAAACAGUCAAACGACAACCCCUUCAUAGAGUCGUCGCAACAGCCUAAUGUUGUAGAUAUGAGAGAUGUAAUGGUGCUAAACGAAAUUAUAGAGCAAGCCGGAAGACAAAGUCGUGCAAGUGAUCAAAACGUGUCAGUGUACUACUUCCCAACAGCGGAAGACGAUGAGGACGGACCCACUUUCAAAGAGAGGCUCCUCGAGUGUCUCAUGAAAGGAAUCGACUUCUUUUGUGUAUGGGAUUGUUGCUGGCUUUGGCUGGAGUUCCAAAAGUACGUGGCUCUUCUGGUAUUCGACCCAUUCGUUGAACUCUUCAUCACACUAUGUAUCGUAGUCAACACCUUGUUCAUGGCACUGGACCACCACGAUAUGGACAAAGAUAUGGAAAAGGCACUCAAGAGUGGCAAUUAUUUCUUCACUGCUACCUUUGGCAUCGAAGCCAUGUUUAAAUUAAUAGCUAUGAGCCCAAAAUACUAUUUUCAAGAAGGAUGGAAUGUGUUUGAUUUUAUCAUCGUGGCCUUAUCAUUAUUAGAAUUGGGUUUGGAAGGUGUACAGGGUUUGUCAGUAUUACGAUCAUUUCGUUUGCUGCGUGUAUUUAAACUGGCUAAGUCUUGGCCGGCGCUAAACCUUAUUAUAUCCAUAAUGGGUAGGACAGUGGGAGCUUUAGGGAACUUGACCUUUGUACUUUGCAUCAUUAUAUUCAUAUUUGCGCUUCACACUCCCCAGUAUCUCACACAGGGCUUGAUUGACCAUUACUCUCAUACGGGACCAUUCGGUCCUCGCAGUGGCUUUAUAACUCGGAAUAUGGCUCAUCAUGGUCAUCAUACCAAUGGGCCUGAGAUGAGACACGUUAUAAAGCUAUUCCACGCAGCUUGUGAUUAUAAGUUAAGCUUUGCAUCAAGUAAUAUAGAACCAACAUGCAGCUUCGCUUCCCGAGGAAAUAAGUCAACGCACAUUUUUGAUAGGUUACUCAAGCACACAUUUGCUAACUCUAGUUUAAGUGAUCUAGAAUUGCUCAAACAAUUCCGAAUAUUGCCGAUGUACGAUAUUGGGUAUUUGGAAGAGCUUGAGCGGUUGCGGGUCUUCAGAAAGCUUCGAGUAUUCAAAUUGGCAAAGUCAUGGCCGACACUUAAUUUACUCAUCUCUAUAAUGGGUAGGACGAUGGGUGCCUUGGGCAACCUGACCUUCGUAUUGUGCAUCAUUAUUUUCAUAUUUGCCGUGAUGGGUAUGCAACUAUUCGGGAAAAAUUAUGUGGACUACGUAGACCGAUUUCCGGACGGCGACCUGCCGCGAUGGAACUUCACGGACUUUAUGCAUAGUUUCAUGAUUGUCUUCCGAGUACUUUGUGGAGAAUGGAUUGAGAGUAUGUGGGACUGUAUGCUUGUGGGCGACGUGUCCUGUAUACCCUUCUUCUUGGCCACCGUUGUUAUUGGUAACCUUGUGGUACUCAAUCUCUUCUUGGCCCUGUUACUGUCAAAUUUUGGUUCAUCGAACUUAUCAUCACCGACGGCCGACCAAGACACGAAUAAAAUUGCAGAAGCAUUCAACAGAAUAUCAAGGUUUAUAGACUGGAUCAAAAAGAACGUCGCCGAAAUACUGAAAUUAGUGAAAAAUAAACUCACCAACCAAAUAGCUAUACACGCCCCCGAACGUGUGGACAACGAGCUAGAACUAGGCGCAGAUAUCGACGACGGAGUACUCUACAAAGACAAGAAACUAAAAGACCAAGUCGAAGUUGCUAUUGGCGACGGCAUGGAAUUUACGAUACCUGGUGACAAUAAAUAUAAGAAAGGUAAAAUGUUAAUGAAUAAUAUAAAUGCAAUAACAGAUAAUCACACUGACAACAGAAUUAAUUUCGAACUAAAUCAUCAUGGAUACCCAAUACAGGAUGAUGACACAAUCAGUCAGAAGUCGUAUGGAAGUCAUAAAAUAAGAUCGUUUAAAGAUGAAAGUCACAAAGGAUCAGCAGACACGAUAGAUGGCGAAGAAAAGAAAGACGCAAGCAAGGAAGAAUUAGGAUUAGAGGAAGAAAUGAUUCCAGACGAAGAUGCCGCCCAGUUGGAUUUAGCAAAAAUGGAUAUAAAAGUAGUAGAAGGAGAAGGCGUGAUUGAUGACACCCCAUCAGAUUGCUGUCCAGAGCCGUGUUAUCAACGUUUUCCAUUUUUGGCUGGUGAUGAUGAAUCGCCCUUCUGGCAAGGCUGGGCCAUGUUGAGACUGAAAACAUUCAGAUUAAUUGAAAACACGUACUUUGAAACGGCUGUGAUAACUAUGAUCUUACUCAGUAGUUUGGCAUUGGCUUUGGAAGAUGUCCAUUUACCACAUCGGCCGAUUCUUCAAGAUAUCCUGUAUUACAUGGAUCGAAUUUUCACUGUAAUAUUCUUCAUUGAAAUGUUGAUCAAGUGGCUUGCCCUCGGAUUCCAGAAAUACUUCACAAACGCUUGGUGUUGGCUUGAUUUUAUCAUUGUCAUGGUCUCGCUUAUAAACUUCGUAGCGGCGCUUUGUGGCGCCGGCGGCAUUCAGGCGUUCAAAACGAUGAGAACGCUCCGAGCUCUUCGGCCGCUCAGAGCUAUGAGCCGCAUGCAGGGCAUGAGGGUGGUAGUGAAUGCUCUGGUACAGGCGAUUCCAUCAAUCUUCAACGUGCUGCUCGUGUGUCUGAUAUUCUGGCUUAUCUUUGCUAUUAUGGGUGUGCAACUCUUCGCUGGAAAAUAUUUUAAGUGCGUCGAUAUGAAUCACACAACUCUUAGUCAUGAAAUAAUUCCGGACAAAAAUGCUUGCAUCUUAGAAAAUUAUACAUGGGAAAAUUCUCCCAUGAACUUCGACCACGUCGGCAAGGCCUAUUUAUGUCUAUUUCAAGUUGCUACGUUCAAAGGCUGGAUUCAAAUUAUGAACGAUGCUAUCGACUCGCGAGAGGUUGGCCGACAACCCAUCAGAGAAACCAACAUAUACAUGUAUUUGUACUUCGUGUUCUUCAUUAUUUUCGGAUCAUUUUUCACUCUCAAUCUAUUCAUUGGUGUGAUCAUCGACAACUUUAAUGAGCAAAAGAAGAAAGCCGGUGGAAGUCUUGAAAUGUUCAUGACAGAAGAUCAGAAAAAGUAUUACAAUGCCAUGAAGAAAAUGGGAUCGAAAAAGCCACUGAAAGCGAUCCCCAGACCAAGAUGGCGGCCGCAAGCGAUAGUAUUUGAAAUAGUAACAGAUAAAAAAUUCGAUAUGAUUAUAAUGUUGUUCAUAGGUCUUAACAUGUUGACCAUGACGCUCGACCACUACCAGCAGUCGGACACGUUCAGCGCUGUCCUGGACUACCUUAAUAUGAUAUUCAUCGUAAUAUUUAGUUCAGAGUGCCUAUUAAAGAUUUUUGCUUUAAGAUACCAUUACUUCGUGGAACCAUGGAAUCUGUUCGACUUUGUAGUCGUCAUGUUUUCUAUACUUAGUUUGGUACUGAGUGAUAUCAUAGAAAAAUACUUUGUAUCUCCGACUCUACUCAGGGUUGUCAGAGUAGCUAAAGUCGGCAGAGUACUUCGACUCGUUAAAGGUGCAAAAGGCAUUAGAACCUUAUUGUUCGCUUUGGCCAUGUCACUGCCAGCACUGUUUAACAUUUGUCUAUUGUUGUUCCUUGUGAUGUUUAUCUUCGCGAUUUUCGGCAUGUCAUUUUUCAUGCACGUAAAGGACAAGGGUGGUCUAGAUGAUGUGUAUAACUUUAAAACAUUUGUGCAGAGUAUGAUUCUGCUAUUUCAGAUGUCAACAUCAGCCGGCUGGGACGGCGUGUUAGACGGAAUAAUAAACGAGGAAGAAUGCGAUUUGCCAGACAACGAACGCGGAUACCCAGGAAAUUGCGGCUCCGCCACAAUCGGCAUUACAUACUUACUAUCUUACCUCGUCAUAUCAUUUCUCAUUGUCAUAAACAUGUACAUCGCUGUCAUUCUCGAGAAUUAUUCUCAGGCGACUGAAGAUGUACAAGAGGGCCUUACCGACGAUGACUACGAUAUGUACUACGAAAUUUGGCAGCGAUUUGAUCCAGAGGGCACGCAAUACAUCAGAUACGAUCAGCUAUCUGAUUUCUUGGACGUGCUGGAACCUCCGCUGCAAAUUCACAAACCUAACAAAUACAAAAUUAUAUCUAUGGACAUACCUAUCUGUCGAGGCGACAUGAUGUUCUGCGUGGACAUCCUGGACGCGCUGACGAAGGACUUCUUCGCGCGGAAGGGUAACCCGAUCGAGGAGCCGGUGGAGGUGGGACGGCCGGACGAGGUGGGGUACGAGCCGGUGUCGUCGACGCUGUGGCGCCAGCGCGAGGAGUACUGCGCGCGGCUGAUCCAGCACGCGUGGCGGCGGCACCGGCGCGCGCAAUCCCCGGGCGGGUCGGCGGGCGAGGCGGAGGGCGGCGCGGGCGGCGCGGGCGAGGGCGGCGCGCCCACGGCCGUGCUGCUGGACGGCGGCGCGGGCGGCGCGCACCGCGUGGUGCUGCAGGCGGCCGGCGCGGCCCCGCGCCCGCCCGAGCCCGCGCCGCCGCCCGCGCCCGUC